CGUUAAACCCGGAAACGUCAAUCUCCCCGGCUGCGUCAGGUGGGAUAUCACUCCGCGCUGAGGUGACGUGAAAACAAGCUGAAGUCGAACUUGAGAUGACGCGGAGACAAAUCACCGAGAUCUAACCAACGUGAAGUCAAGCCAGCGUGUCGGGAUCGGGUCUGUGAGCCGGACGUGACGGGGACCAUGUUGUGCCACAGGGGCCUGGUCCGGGUGGUCCUGCUGGGGCUGCUCUGCUGCGGGGGUCUCACACGUGUGUUCGCCUGGAAGCAGGAGCCGGAGACUCCGGACUGGAGGCUCACACUGAAAACCAUCCGCAAUGGGAUUCACAAGAUCGACACGUACCUGAACGCAGCACUGGACCUGUUCGGAGGGGACGACGGGCUGUGCCAUUACAGGUGUAGUGAUGAUUACCUGCCGGUGCCUCGUCCUGGGUACAAGCCGCCGCCACCCAACGGAUGUGGCUCCCCGCUCUUUGGAUUCAAGUUUGACAUCGGCAUCCCGUCAAUGACCAAAUGCUGUAACCAGCACGACCGCUGCUACGACUCGUGCGGCCGACAGAAGCACGACUGCGAUGAGCAGUUCCAGUACUGUCUGGAGACCAUCUGCAUGAACGUGCAAAAAACUCUGGGCUUGGACAAGAGUGUCCAAGCUUGUGAGACGACGGUGAAUCUGCUGUUCGAUGCCGUGAUGCACAUGGGAUGUAAACCGUACCUGGACAGCCAGAGAGACUCCUGUGUGUGUCAGUAUGAACUGAAGAAGGAACUGUGACACCGCCACAGAAACCGGAUUGUAAAAGACUGGUUCAGAAGCCCAACUCCGAGAGAGGGACCCCAGCGAAAUCCUUCUGGUUCACAAUCAAAGACUUUCUCAGGGACAGAGUGUGGAUAGUGUUGCUCCGCCCCCUUUUUUGUCUGAAUUUGAAAAACACACGUCUGUUAGACAAGUAAAUGUGAAAUUACACUACUUUAUCUUUGUGUGCAAUUAAUUAUUUAUAUUUUCAAAACUGUGAUGUUUUUGUUUUUUGAGAGUAUUUGUGGGUUUUCCCGGGUUUUGAAUGUGAAGGACCAACAAAGCUUAGUCAGUUUAACCUGGAGGAUUUUAGUUGGUGUAAGAAUACAGAGGAAAUUUAUAAUAUAUAAGGUCUUCUGAGGUUUAAAUGUAGCGUUUGUUUCUGUGAAUGAGCAACUGAUUUUCAACUCAGCAUAACAAACAAAUGUAACAGUCGCACCAUAUCUUUAUUUCCCCCUAUAAUUAUCAUCACUUUACUUUGUUAUGUGCAGGAAAUUUUCAAUAAAUUAUGUAAAACAAGCCACAUCCCCCAUGGGCUUAAUAGGAACAUGAUUGGUAAGUGAGUCAAGAAUGUGUCUCUACAGCAUCUAAAACUAUUUUUCUAUUUGUUUUUACUUUUAUAAAAUCAAAAAGUAUCGCAUGAAGGGGAAUGCACUGUGUGAUGACAUUGUGGAGACGCACUGGAUUAAAAUGUCAUUAAAAUAAAUAAACAUUG